AUGCAGUCGAUUCUCUUGCGUGCCAGGGCGCAGCCGCUGUCUCGCUGGCAGUCGCUCGCAUGCCGCGUUCCUAGCUCAAGCUCCCGUUCGCUGGGCACUUACGCGACAUUCAAGGUCCCCCAGAUAAACAACGAGCCGAACAAACACUACACCCCCGGUUCUCCAGAUCGCAAAGCUUUGGAAGAGGCUUUGGCUUCGGUGAACAAGAAGGCUCCGUUCAACAUCCCUCUUGUCGUUGCUGGGAAAGUGACCAAGCACUCCCAGACAUUCACCCAGAGCAACCCCGCCUCUCACGCGCCUCUUGCAACCUACUCCAAUGCCUCCAAGACCGAUGUCGAUGCUGCUAUCAGAUCAGCUCUGGCUGCUCGCAAAUCAUGGGCGGCGACUCCGUUCGCCGAACGUGCUAGCAUUUUUCUGAAGGCCGCCGAUUUGAUUUCGACCAAGUACCGUUAUGAGAUUAUGGCGUUGACUAUGCAGGGACAAGGAAAGAAUGCAUGGCAGGCGGAGAUCGACUCGGCUGCUGAGCUGAUUGACUUCUUCCGCUUUGGCGUCAAGUAUGCCGAGGAGGUUUACGCACAGCAGCCCGUCCACCACUCCCCUGGUGUUUGGAACCGCCUUGAGUACCGCCCCCUUGAAGGUUUUGUCUACGCAAUCAGCCCCUUCAACUUCACUGCCAUUGGUGGCAACCUAGCUGGCGCACCUGCUCUGAUGGGUAAUGUCGUGCUUUGGAAGCCCUCACCCUCUGCUAUUGCCUCCAACUGGCUCGUUCACCAGAUUCUUCUUGAGGCCGGUCUGCCCAAGAAUGUCAUCCAGUUUGUGCCUGGUGAUGCCGAGGAGGUUACUAGCUCUGUCCUCGACCACCCCGAAUUUGCCGCUCUCCACUUCACUGGUAGCACUGAUGUGUUCCGUAUGCUCUAUGGCAAGAUAUCUCAGGGUGUGGCGGAUGGCAAAUACCGCAGCUAUCCUCGCAUUGUGGGCGAGACCGGUGGCAAGAACUUCCACCUGAUUCACAAGUCGGCCGAUGUGCGUAACGCCGUGGUCCAAACUGUGCGUGGUGCCUUUGAGUUCCAGGGCCAGAAGUGCAGCGCCACUUCUCGUGCCUAUGUUGCAUCUUCAAUUGCCGACGAGUUUGCAACUCAGCUUGCCGCUGAGGUCCAGCAGUUGAAGAUUGGUGAGCCAUCAGACUUUACCAACUUCUGCGGCCCGGUCAUUCACGAGGGAUCUUUCAACAAGCUGGCUGGUGUUAUCGAUGAGGCAAAGAAUGACCCCGAGCUUGAGCUCCUCGCCGGAGGAACCUACGACUCCUCCAAGGGCUGGUACAUCUCUCCCACUGUUUACCGUACCUCCAAUCCCGACCACCCCCUCCUGUCGCGUGAGCUUUUUGGCCCGAUAAUUGUUAUUCACUCGUACAAUGAUGCUACUGAGGCAGACUUCCUGAAGAUCUGCGAGAAGAUCGACACUACUGGUACUUACGGCUUGACUGGAUCCAUUUUCGCUCAGGACCGUGAGGCUAUUCGCGUGGCUGAUGACGCCCUUCGCAAUGCUGCUGGUAACUUCUACAUCAACUGCAAGAGCACCGGUGCUGUUGUUGGUCAGCAGCCAUUCGGUGGUGGCCGUGCCAGUGGUACCAAUGACAAGGCUGGCAGCGCUAACUUGCUGUCUCGCUUUGUGAGCUUGCGGUCUGUCAAGGAGGAGUUUGUCCCCACCUACACCGUUGCCUAUCCCAGCAACGCAAACUAG